AUGACAGCGACCUUCAUAGCAAUGAAUUUAACUCCGAAGCAAAAGUACCUGGCCAGCGGAUACAAUGGAAUGGACUAUAGCAAACUCCUACCAGAUAUUCUUUUCCAAGAGCCCAAUGGCCCUUUCCACUUCCCAGAGGGCGUACCUUGGGUGGCAACGCGAGGCCAAGACAUCCGCUGGCAAAAGCCAGCCCACCAUCGCGACUAUAUUUCGAUGAAGCAACACGGCUAUCUCUGGCACGAGUGGGAGGAGCGCGAGAAGAAAGAACAAGAACAACAACAAAGUCAAAAGGUGAAGGAGAGCAACUCGACGGACUCCAAGGCGACGGGGUCCAAGUCAACAAAAUCUAAGUCGACAGAUUCUAGUCAAAUGGCGUCUAAACCAUCGCAGAAGCCUACACAAUCACCACCACCAGAAAGAUGGAUGCCCCUCAUCAUGGCCCCCGGCCAGUGGGCGCCGACACCAACUCCUACCCCUGAACCAACGCCAAACACGCAGCAAUCACCUCCGAAAAGUAUCGUUGCCAUCUUGAACGCACCGUCUUGCCCUCAAACGCAACCUCAAGCCCAAACCAUCCCUCCAGCGAUCCCAGCCGCCCCCUCAAUGCGCCAAGUACCUCAAGCACCCCAAGUUCCCCGCAAAAAGACGGUCAACUCCCGUCGUCGCGCAGACCUCAUGCUCAAUGCCGAAGAAGGUCCUUGCGAGAAGACAGUGAACACGAUUCGUCGCGCGAACCGCAUGCUCGGCGCCGGAGAGGGUAUGGACAACCCGGUCGGCCCUUGCGUCGCCUGCCAGAAAAGAGGCAUCAACUGCCGUGUUCUCAAGGACGGCACCGGCGUCACGUGUGCCUUGUGCACAAAACAGAAGACAUCCAAAAGCAAAUGCAAUGUGGACCCUGACGGAUCCAAGGACGCUGCGAGAAAGGCUAGGGCUGGGGAGCGUCGAGAGAAGAAGAUAUUGGUGCGCAAGGGCGAGAGGGGGUGCGCCGGUGAAGCAGGAAGAGAAGAGGGAGCAGGCGGAACAGGAGCGAUGGGUUUUUCUUAUGCCUCGCGUGACUUAAGAACAAUUAACGUGGAAUGAUGAAGGAUCAGGUACCUCUGAGGACAGCCUUGAGGAGUGCAUAGUGGCUAUUCUAGCUGAGGCUUAAUAGAAGGAGGAAUGAGUUUGGUGGCUAAGCUGGUAUCGCUAGGUCUUGAUCCUGGAUUGUUUUGAACAGUAUUGGAGUUUGAAGAUGUAAGCGAACUGCUGUGCAUUGAACCCCAAAGGCUUGGAUGCCCCCUUUAUUUUGGUGUAGCUUUCGAAGCAUCGACUAUCGAAUAUCAGCGAUCCUAUCAUCUCAGGGGAAGUAAUUCCCAUCGCAGUGACCAGUAUAAUUGGGUUGGGCUAAAUCUUUUGGCAAAUCGAUCUGGUUUUCGACUUGGCGUUUAAGCUCGGUGACAAGAAUUGUCAGAGACAGCGUGUAAUGAACAGUCUUCUAUAUUAAUUAUUAUAUUUUGAUUUUGCUUUGAA